ACAUGGCACCACGCGUGGCACCAUAUGGGACGUGGGAUAGUCCUAUUACAGCAGAUGCUAUCGCGCGGAGCGGAAACAGCGUCGCCGAGAUCUUCGUUGAUCCAGUCACAACGACCAUAUAUCACGUCGAGAGGCGUCCGACGGAGGGUGGACGGUGUGCUAUCGUUAAAACCGAAGAAGGAAUCGAGCUUGUGGGGAAGGAGUUUAAUUGUCGCACUGGCGUUCAGGAGUACGGUGGUGCUGCUGCCGCUGCCUAUGGAGGCACCAUUUUUUUCUCGAACUUCUCCGAUGGACGUAUCUAUGCAGUAAAGGAGGGAUCGGCUCCUACACCUGUUACACCAGAAAGCAAAGUGCUGCGGUUUGCCGAUUUCGCUGUACAUCCCAAGUAUCCGCACCUCCUGGUUUGUAUCUGCGAAGAUCACACACGUCCAGAGCACUUCGCGGUCGUGACGUCGCUUGUCACUAUCAACACAAUGGCGCACAGCACCGCACUACUUGACGGUGUCUCACCAUUGCUCACUGGCGCGGAUUUCUACGCUGCACCGACCUUCUCACCAGAUGGAACGCAGAUUGCCUGGCAGCAGUGGAACCAUCCCGACAUGCCAUGGGACGGAUCCGAGAUCUGUGUCGCGUCCGUCGCCGUUGAGAAUGGGCGAGUACAGGUCAAGGACGAAAAGCGCAUCGCCGGCCGCUGGAAAGAAGUAUCCGCGGCGUUUCCCGCGUGGGCGAGCGACAACACGCUGCUCUUCACAUGCGAUGAGAGCGGCUGGUACAACCCGUGGACAUACGAUAUGCGCACGCAGAAAGCGAGCCCUGUGCUGUCGCAACCCAUUCCCGAAGACUUUGCGAUGCCGCAGUGGGCCCUUGGUAUGUCUUUUGGCGCGCCGCUGGGUAGCUUCGGUGCUGCAGGCACGGCGACGCAUGUGCACGUUGAGGGCACCGAAAGCAGCGACCAUUUUGUGCUGUACAGCGCUCUGCGUGUCGGCUGUCCUGCCCUGUACCUACUUAGUCUGCACAGCCGCACGCUGGAGGAGCUCGCAUGCCCGUACGUCGCUAUCGGAUACGUGCGGCGUGUGACCGCCGAUUCGGUAGUGUUCCUCGGGGCAAAGGCAGACGCGCCGCGCGAGAUUGUGCUGUGCACGCUCAAGGAGUACUCCAAGCCUAAGUUUACUGUCCUCGGGGCGCACGAUUCAAGCACGGACGCGUGGAAGGCUCUGUUCUCCAAGCCAGCUCCCCUCACGUUAACGAUCCCCGAGACCGGCGAGCCGCUGCACGUUAUAUUCUACCCGCCCACAAAUCCGGAGUAUGUCGGGCCUGAGGGCGAGAAGCCUCCAUGCGUUGUGAAUGUGCACGGCGGCCCUACGGGCAUGGCGGACCAGGCACUUGACCUCACAGCCCAGUACUUUACCGGCCGCGGCUGGGCAUGGGUGGAUGUGAACUACAGCGGCAGUAGCGGCUUCGGCCGCCAAUAUAUCAACCGGCUCGCCGGCCAAUGGGGUAUAGUAGACCUACGCGACUGUGCGCUUUCGGUCUCACAGCUCGCUGCACCGCCACACGAGCUCAUCGACGCGGCACGCACCGCGAUUCGCGGGCGCUCGUCGGGUGGGUACACCGUGCUCGCGACUCUCUGCGCAUAUCCCGACGCAUUCGCCGCCGGUGCGUCACAUUUCGGUAUCAGCGAUCUGCGCAAGCUCGACGAGUUCGGGCAUAAGUUCGAGAGUCACUACUGUGAGCGGCUUCUCGGAGGGACUGUCGCCGAAUGCGGCGAUGUGUACGAUGCGCGUAGCCCUAUCUACAACGCGGACAAAAUCCGUGCGCCACUCCUGGUUUUGCAAGGCUCCGAAGACGCUGUUGUCCCGCCUGAGCAAGCGGAGCUUAUCGUGCGCUCUAUCCGCGAUCGCGGUGGCCAGGUCGAGUACACUGUUUUCCAAGGAGAGGGUCACGGCUGGCGCAAGGCAGAGAAUGUUAAAAGAGCACUCGAAGAAGAGCUCAAGCUCUACAAGAAUGUGUUUGACUUGAAGGGCGCCGCAUAACUGGGUAAAUGAGACGACAAAACGAAUUAUGGGAGGAAGAAAUGAGGUUAUGUACGAUACUGUAAGAAAA